GAGGCCGGGCUCAGCGCCCGGGAGCCCGGCUCCGCCCCGCAGCUCCGCCCGGGAAGGCCGUGUUCCCUCCGGGACAACCCCUGCGCUCCGCUCCUGCGGAGCCCGGCGCUGCCCUGCCCGCAAUGGGGUCCCGCCUGUCCCUGGACGACUCCGUGCGGGUGGUCGUGGUCGGGGGCGGCUUCGGGGGGACGGCGGCCGCCAGCCUGCUCAAGUCCUGGGCCGUGCCCUUCGUGCUGGUGGACGUGAGGGAUGCUUUCCACCACAACGUGGCCGCGCUCCGGGCCGCCGUGGAGAGCGGAUUUGCCAAGAAGACUUUCAUCUCCUACUCCAUCACCUUUGGGGACAGCUUCCGACAAGGCAAGGUUGUGGGCAUAGACCCUGGGAGGCAACAAGUCCUGCUCAGUGACGGUGAGGAGCUUCACUAUUCCCAUCUCAUUCUUGCAACAGGCAGUGAUGGGCCCUUCCCUGGCAAGUUCAACAAAGUUAUUGACAUGGAAAGCGCCAUCCAGACCUAUGAAGACAUGGUUAAAGAGGUUGAGAAAUCUGGGCGCAUCCUGGUAGUGGGAGGUGGUUCUGCUGGAGCUGAGAUGGCUGCUGAGAUCAAAACGGAGUACCCAGCCAAAGAGGUCAUUCUCAUGCACUCCAAACCUGCCCUGGCUGAUGUGGAGCUGCUGGCCAGCGUCCGUCAGGAGGUCAAGGAGAUUCUCCUCAGGAAAGGAGUGCGGCUCCUGCUAAGUGAAAGGGUCAGGGAUGUGGAAAACCUCACGCCAAACCAGUUCCAGAAGGACAUGGUGGUGAGGACAGAAAAGGGCACCGAGGUGGUUGCUGACAUGGUGGUGCUGUGCACGGGGAUAAAGAUUAACUCUUCAGCGUAUGCUGCUGCAUUUGGUGACAAAAUGGCAAGUAAUGGCGCUUUGAAAGUGAACAAGCACCUCCAGGUGGAAGGCUAUGAGAACAUCUACGCCAUUGGGGACUGUGCAGAUCUCAAAGAGCCCAAGAUGGCCUACCAUGCCGGGCUCCACGCCAACAUCGUGGUGACAAACAUCAUCAACAGCCUCACACAGAAGCCUCUUAAAACCUACGAGCCAGGGUCACUAUCAUUCCUGCUGUCCAUGGGCAGGAAUGAUGGUGUGGGCCAGGUGAACGGGUACUACGUGGGACGUCUCUUGGUGACCAUUGCCAAGAGCCGGGACCUGUUCGUCUCCAAGAGCUGGAAGACGAUGGGACAGACAAUGCCCUCUUAGGAGGACACCAGGAACAAGCCAGCAAGGAAAACAGCCACUGGAGGGUGAGGUGCACUCCUGUUGCUUGGACUGGCUGGUGCUGUCUCCUGCAGCACCUCCUUGACCACCCGUGCCACAUUAACAGAGCGCCCUGCCUUGCUCUAAAGGGGAAGGAAGCACUUCCCAAACAAUUUGCACAGAAGUUCCCAUGAUAAAAACCAGGGAAGGAAUGUCUCUUUUACUCCCCUGCUGAGAUAUCUCUGAGCAAGAAGCUUGGCUUACCUUGAUUUGUAACAAUAAACACUGUGGUUUUCAGAA